AUGCGAGAUGAGGACGACGGCGUGGACAAUGAUUAUUCUAUGAACUUUCCAGUGGGACUCGGUCACAUGGCUGGAUAUUUAAAAGGACCGCAAUUUCCCGGACAGGGUCCGCCGGCUUUGACAGGACCUUUCGGUUUAGGACAUACUUUAGAUCAUUCACCUUAUGGCGUUGAACAUUUCUCUGGAGAAUUAUUUUCAUCAAUUUACUUUCCUAUUAACCGCAAUGUUGUAGUUGAUGGUUUUCAUUCGAUUACGUAA